AUGCACGCUGCGGCUGAGAUGCACGCUGCGGCUGAGGUGCAUGAAAAGGAAAAUCUCCUGAACGCGACGCCCCAAAACCAGGCUGCCGUUGGAAAACCUAGCAGUCAGCUUCCAUCCUGUUAUGCGCUCAUGGCGAACCCAGGUAACAAUACCGAUUUAUUGGGAUACGCUGCGCGUUCGCUAGAAGAAGAGGAGGAAUUCCACUUCCUACGUUUCGAGUCGCUUCAGCGGACCAAUAUUGUUGCGCAGCAGCUGAGGCUCUUUGAAAUCAAGCAGAAGCUUGAAAACGCGCAGGAUGUCUCGGCAGACGACCUCGCAGAUCUCCAAAAUACCCUAAAAGACUAUAGCAGUACGAUCCGAGACUAUCAAUUUCUUCGAAGCAGAAAGAAAGUGGCGAAGGAAGAGAUGUUCGCGAGGAGGCUUCGGAUCCAAGCAUGGUUGCAACCCAAAUUUGGCAGUGGCGACCUAUUUUGGUCCCGCUACGCCUACUUCGACGAAAAGAAUCCCCCGAUGGAUUUUGUCCGAAAUUUCCUGAGGAUAAAACUGCCUGUCUACUUUACGUAUUCCAGAAACGAGCGAUUGACCGAAAAUAUAGAGUACGAUGAUGGCAAGCCACCCGAAGGCAUGUCGUCAACUGUCGAUAACAUCGCCCGGUUCUUGCAAGCGAUGACGGGUGGACUGUUCCUCAUCGUCCCGAUGCUGGUCAUGGCUUUCGAAACAUCGCAAAAGAAAAGCCUCAUCACGGUCUCGUUAUCGGUCUUCCUGUUCGCCCUCGCACUGUCAUUUGGAGUCAGAACUUCCAACAUCGAAGCGCUUGUCUCAACAGCGACGUAUGCUGCUGUUCUGGUGGUGUUCGUGGGGACGAGUUCGGGCGAUGGGGCCACUGUGGCAGCUGCAAGUAACUCCACAAUGGCAUUGUAG